CUGAGUGCCCUAGGGUGCCCACACCCACCUGGAAGACACGCCCUCUCCCUUACCCUGUCUGGCAGAAACCUGCCCUAUAGGCCUGAUAGCUUCUCCCCACACCCCUCCACACUCAUGGAGGAGGCUGGCUUGGGGUGCAGGCCCUGGGGCGGCCAGAGCUGUCCUAACCUUGCUCAGGAUCAGGGCAGCAACAAUGAUGUCAGCCUCAAGGUCCAAACCCAAAGCCAUUCAGAAUGGGACCUUCAGGUUAGGAGCCAUGGUGGUUUCUGUAGUCAGAAGCGACUACACAUCUCUGGAAGACAAAGUAAACCCCUGGGGAGGCUACAGAGGCCAGCUGUGGGCAGUGCCUGUGACUUGGCCAGCUAUGGCUCUAUGGAGCAUGAGUGUCCAGCACCAGCAGGCUCUGCUGAAGCCAUUGGUGGUCCCAGCCAUCCCUCCUGCCUGGAGCCUACUCCUCCUUCUUUGAAACAGGGAUCCCCAGGCUACACCUGCCAACACCCCCAACACAGAACCUCAGAGGUUCUGCUGAGGUCAGAGCCACCUGGCAACCUAGAAGACGCACCCCUACUGCCCCACCCGGUGUCCUUCCUCACAGAAGCAAGGGCAAAGGGCAAGCUGGACACCCCAGGGCCAACCCAGCCAGAUCCAGAAACCCUAAGUACUCGUCCCUGUGUCAAGAGGACCCGCUACCACAUCACUGUCACCCUGCAAGGGUGCGGGCAGGCACCUGGGGAGGAAGGUAAGGAACCGGCCAGACCAGCUCCCCACCCCUGUGGCCCUGAGGAAUCCAGCGGCUGGCAGCAGCCUCCCAGGGAACUCCGCCCCAUCACCGGGUGUCCAAUCAACCUGCCUGAGGAGCCACAGAUGAGUGUUCCACAGCACCAGGGAAGCGAGGCCCAGCAGGAGCUCAGAGUGGGCUGGGAACCUGGUUCUCCACACAGCAGGGAGCCAGGCCACAGUGCUACAAGGACAUCUCAGGUUUUGCUGGGGCCCAAUAUGGAAGAGACGGCUGGGAGACCGGCUGAAGCUGAGGCCCGAGUGGUAAGUGCCACACUGACAUGGCACCAGCGGCCGCCUGUCCAGGAAGAGACCAGACACCGUUUCCACAAAGUAUCCCUAGUGUCGGAUGCCCGGAGGGAAGCCCCUCAGGAAGAUGUGUUUGAGCAUAGCUUCCGGCGCGAAAUCAAUGGUUUCAUUAAGAAGGAAGACGAGACUAUAAAUUGCCAAGGUCCUGGGGAGGAGCCUGGACCCAUGAACUUUCAGAGCCAUGGGCCCAUCUUUUCCAAGAAAUACAUUCCACCCCCCAAGGAGAAAAGGCCAGUGGUGAGGCUGCAGGAGGCUGUAGAUUGGGGUGAUGGUGGUCCCCAGGUUCCCAGAACUGACCCACCAGGCAUGGGAUCCAUGGCUAGGACUGAGUUAUUGGUGCCCUUGCCUGGGCCACGUGAACCAAGUCCCCAUCCCAGUGUGAGUGUCACAAGUGGGGUUUCCAGGAACCGUGAGGAAUGGCGAGUGACACGCACAGUGAGGACUACGACCACGACGGUGGUGGGCGGGCAAAUGGACCGCAGGGUGAACAGCUCUGUGAGUGUGGGGCCACCGAUGUCAGGUGAGACCCUUCCAAGGGGCCGAAAUGUGACCCGAACAGUCAGGGCAGUGGUGGUGAGCCCGAGAGCUGAGGGCUCACCCAGCCGCAGCCAGGCCCUAGAACUGCUGAGCAACCUUGUACCAGCUGAGCGCAGCCCUCCUGCCAGCCGAAUCCCAAGGCUCACGGGACUUACUUCAAGGGGCUCAGCCCUGGGUGGCACAGUGGGAACAACCCUGGGACAGCUACUUGAGACCAGCACAACUGAACUGAAGAACAGCUCAACCCUGGCUCCAGGAGGCAUCCCUGUGGAUGGUCACCCCACUCGGAAUCUAGAUGUCCCAGUAGCCCACCCAGUCCGAGACCAAGGCAGUGUCUCAGAUGCCAGGACUGGGGAACCUUCAAGGCUGCAGGGAGCCUCCAGUCCUGUUCUGCUCUCCAACCAGGCCUCUCAGAACCAUGUGCCAGCAUCCCCUUCUCCCAAGCCCCAGGCCCGUGCCUCCUCCCUGAUCCAUCCUCCAGAGCAGCCAGUGGUACCCACAUACCUCAAAGCCCAGCCCAUGCCUCAUGUCCUGCCCCCCGUGGAAGUUGUUCCCAUGGACCCUGUUCUGCCUGUGGUGAAGAGUGGGGUUACAAUACCUGAACAGCCUCCUAGCCCAUCCUCUGUAAGGAGAAAAGCUGCCCCUAGCCCACAAGGUCUUUCUGCUCUGACUUCACCAAAGAAUAAGUUUGUUCAGGACCCUGAAAACAUGCCUGUUUCUGUUCUUACUCAGAAAGAGGUAUUUCCGGACCCUAGUGUUCCUGCCCACCCCCAUACCCCAAAAGAGGCUGGUGUUCCCACUGCCCCAUCCUCCAGGCCAACCAAAGUUGUCCAGGGUAUGGAAGGAGGUCCUUCCAUCAAGAAGGAGGAUGGCCAGGAUCCUCAAGAUAGCACUUCCCAUUCCCUUUCUUGGAAAGAGACUGUUGAAGGCCCCACUGUCCCUGCUCUCCUGACCCCCAAACAGGAUAAGGCUAUUCAGGAUUCUCACGGGAACUCUUUCUCAUCACCUGCCCUAAACAUAGGUUCCCAGAGCCCUGCCAUGCCCCUUGGUCCACCCUCUUCAGAGGUCAAAGUGUCCCUCAGUCUAGAAGGCUCUCCUGCCGCAAAACCAGUGGGGGCAGAGCCCAGCACGGAGUCCCAGCUUAUCCCAGACUCCACUGAGGGGGAUGUGACCUCAGAGCCAUCUAGGGAGGAGGAUGAAGUAGCCCUGACUGCUGACCUGGAGAUUUUCCUGGAUACUUUGCGGAGCAUGGAGCCCCCUGAGAUCCUUCGAACUCACCGAUUGCCCCGAGCCCCCCGCUCCUCCUACCUGGCCAUGUAUGCAACGCUGCCCCCCAUUGAGGAGGAUCAGCUGGGGCCAUCUAUUCCAAGACCCAGUCCCCAGGAGGGACCUGCAUUGGAAGAGGAGGAGGAGGAGCUGGAGAACCCAUACCUGAGUGAUGAUGAGAAGCUCCAGCGCAGGCAGGAGAAAGCAGGGCCCGGCCCCUCUCUGGAUCCCCACCCACCCAAGCCUGCUAAGGUCUCCUGCUCUCCUCUGGAGAUGCUGAAGAAGCAUGUGCUAGGCCCCGAACCUCAGCCCAGCAACCGGCCUACUUCUCGCCUGGGAGGCAGCCUUCUCUUUGGCAAUCUGGUGCCAGCCAACAAGGGUACCCCUUCCCUGGAACCACUGGGGUCCAAAUUAUCUGCUCUGCCACUCCAUGGAACACCAGGGGUCAGGAAGGUACCUGGACAGUUGCCUCUGCUCUGUAGUGGAGGGCCACCACCAGAGAAGUCAGCACCUACCCAGCCACCGGAAGGGUGGAGCCCGGCACUGAAGACCCAGGGCAAGCUGAACACCAGGCCUGGGAAGGUGACCCUCUUCUCAGAGCCUGGCUGCCAGGGCAGAAGCAGGGAGGUCUGGGGAGACAUUGCAGAUACAUCAGGCUGGGCCCCUGUUGCCUCCGUGAGGGUGGUACGAGGCUGCUGGAUACUAUACGAACAGCCGGAGUUCCAAGGUGAGAAGCUGGUUCUGCCUGAAGGGGAUGUGGAACUCAGAGCCCUGGCAUCCACUUGGAGUACCCGAGGCAUCGGCUCCCUGAGGAGGGCUGUGCGGGACUACUGCAUCCCGGGGAUCAGCCUGUUCUCUGAGGAGGGCCUCAAGGGCAUGCAAGUGAUGCUGACUGGGGACUUGAAAGACUCUCAAGGUCUAGAGAGACCCCUACAGGUGGCAUCUGCCACUGUCUCUGCAGGAGUGUGGCUGCUAUACCCGAAGCCAUUCUUUGAAGACACUCCCUAUAUCCUAGAGCCUGGAGAGUACCCUACCUUGAAGGCCUGGGGUACAUCAGUCCCCAAUGUGGGUUCACUAAAGCCCAUGAGACUGGGCUGCCCAAGCGUGGAGAAACCAGGGGAGCCCAAGGCUGUGGUAUAUGAGGCCCCAGGUUUUCAGGGGCAGAGCUGGGAAGUGAGUGGAGACAUCUACAACCUUCGGCAGCCAGAGGCCAGCCGCGGUCCCCAGCUGACCUCUGUGGGGUCCCUGCGAAUCCUUGGGGGCUGCUGGGUAGGCUACGAGAAGGAGGGCUUCCGGGGCCACCAGUACCUGCUGGAAGAGGGCGAAUAUGCUGACUGGUCACACUGGGGAGGCUACGAUGAGUUCCUGACUUCCCUGCGGGUCAUCCGGACGGACUUUGGAGACCCGGCGGUGGUGCUGUUUGAGGACAUGGACUUCCAGGGGCACUGCGUGGAGGUGAGUUCCGCUUUGCCAGACGUGGAGCUAGCGCAGCACGGACCCAGCACGCAAGCCAUCCACGUGCUCAGCGGCGUGUGGGUGGCCUAUGAGCAGGUGGGCUUCUCCGGCGAACAGUACAUCCUGGAGAAGGGUGUGUACCGCAACUGCGACGACUGGGGCUCCGGUAACGGCGCCCUUGGCUCCAUUCAGCCGGUAGUGCAGGUUGGGGAGAGCGAUCUUCACUUUGUCUCGAAGAUUCAGCUUUUCUCAGGCCCCAACUUCCUGGGCGACCACAUUUCCUUUGAGGAUGACCAGGCCUCUCUGCCCGCUUCCUUCCUUCCCCAGUCAUGCCGGGUUCAUGGUGGCAGCUGGGUCCUGUUUGAGGAGAAGAACUUUGAGGCAGACCAGCACAUUGUGUCAGAGGGAGAAUUCCCCACUCUCACAGCUAUGGGCUGCCUGGCCUCUACGGUCCUGGGCUCUCUCCGGAAGGUUCCCUUGCACUUUUCAGAGCCUUCCUUGUCCCUCUUUGGCCUGGAGUGCUUCGAGGGCAAGGAGAUCGAGCUGACCAGGGAGGUGCGAAGCCUUCAGGCCGAGGGCUUCAACAACCAUGUGCUGUCUGUGCGCGUCAGAGGCGGCGUCUGGGUGGUGUGUGAACACAGUGACUUCCGGGGACGACAGUGGCUAGUGGGUAGCUGUGAGAUCACCAACUGGCUGACCUUCAGCGGUACCCAGAGGGUGGGCUCCCUCUACCCCAUCAAGCAGCGCCGAGCAUAUUUCCGCCUCUGGAAUGCGGCGCUAGGGGGAUUCCUGGCAGUGCCUGAUCGAGUGGAGGACAUGAAAGCAGGCCGUGUGGUGGUCUCUGAGCCCCAAGCCGGGGGCAGCUGCAUCUGGUACUAUGAAGAUGGACUGCUGAAAAACCAGAUGGCCCCUGCAAUGAGCCUACAGGUGAUUGGACCUCCUAGCCCAGGCUCCAAAGUAGUGCUGUGGGCUGAGAGCCGCCUACCACGCCAAACUUGGAGCAUCAGUGAAUUGGGUCACAUCUGCAGCCAGAUGUUUGAAGGCCAGAUCCUCGACGUGAAGGGUGGCAGAGGUUAUGACCGGGACCACGUGGUGCUAUGGGAACCAACCAAAGACAGGCCCUCCCAGAUCUGGACUGUCCACAUACUCUGAACCAACUUCACCCCCAGUUUCCUGCUGGAUGCUUUUGCUGGGAUGAAAUGUUUUUUUGUUUUUUGUUUUGUUUGUUUUUUUACAGAUUUUUGUUGUAACAUAAGCUAUUUUCUAUCA